GCCCAGGACUAUCCGGCACACACUGUCUUCCCCAUGCCAGCCUUGUCUCCCACCAUGGAGAGUGGCACCAUUACGGCUUGGCACAAGCAGGAAGGUGACGCCUUUAUUGCGGGAGACGUUCUCUGUUCCAUCGAAACCGACAAGGCCUCGGUGGAUUUCGAAGCCCAGGACGACGGCGUCUUGGCCAAGAUCCUACACCAGGCCGACGCCGCUCUCGAUAUCGUCUGCGGGACGCCCAUAUGCGUCGCUGUAGAAGAACACCAAGCCGUAGCCGCCUUUGCGGAUUACACCGUUGCCCACGAUUCGUCCGCGGAGUCGGGCGGCGCCGCGAGUCACGACGAGUCGACGCCGUCCCAACCCACUCCUCCGCAUCCAACCCGAAACGUCCCGUCGAUUCUCCUACCGGCGGCACGGCAUUUGGCGGAAUCUCGGGGAUUGAACGCUACCGUCUUGUCCGGAUCCGGCAAGGGAGGACGGGUCACCAAGGGAGACGUCCUACAAGCCAUUGCGGACGGGACGCUCCCACCCUUGACUGCGGAUCCCACCGCUACAGUUCCUACCGAGCUACCCGUGCCCCACGUCCAUGCCGCGGAAGGAUCCUUUGCGGAUACGCCCAACAGCAAGAUGCGGAAAAUUAUCGCGUCCCGGUUGACGGAAAGCAAGGCGACGGUGCCGCACUUUUACACGUCCAUGGAAAUUCCCUUGGACGCCAUUCUGGCCUUGCGGAAACAACUGGCGUCCCAGCACGACGUCAAGGUCUCGGUCAACGACUUUAUCAUUCGCUCUUCCGCACUCGCACUCCGCGACGUGCCCGAAGUUAACGGCACCUACGACGCCCACUCCGACACAGUGCGUCUCAACGACUCGAUUGACGUCAGUGUCGCCGUGGCGACCCCCACGGGUCUCAUUACUCCCAUUAUCUUCCAAUCCGACCAACUGGGUUUGUCCGCACUGACCGCCACUAUUCGCGAUUUGGCGACCCGCGCACGCGACGGCAAGCUCGCCCCGCACGAAUACCAAGGCGGCACCUUUUCCGUCAGUAACCUCGGCAUGUUCGGCGUGGACGAAUUCUCAGCCGUGAUCAAUCCGCCCCAAGCGGCCAUCCUGGCCGUGGGUGGCGGUGCCCGUCGGGUCGUCCCCGGUACCUACGUGGUGGACGCGCCGGAGAACCGGACGUCGCCCACGGUACACACCAUUCUGACGGGGCGACUCAGUGCGGAUCGACGGGUGGUGGACGAAGCCACCGCCGCGCUCUUUUUGGCGGCUCUGGAACGGUAUUUGCGGCAACCCGCGCUACUGAUGCUGUAG